CCCAGCUUAUUAAUGUGCUCUUCCUUCCUAGAUAUAUUCCUCUAUAAUCUUUGACUACAUAGAAGAAGAAGACAGACAAUGGAGUUUCAAGAUUUCACCAUAAUAAUAGUAACUGCUAUAGGUUUCAUCUCAUUUUUGAAGUCCUCCAUCAAAAUCCUGAGGUGGGUAUGGGUCAUGUUCUUGAGACCCCCAAAGAAUCUCAAGGAAUACGGCUCAUGGGCCGUGGUCACUGGAGCCACAGACGGAAUAGGCAAAGCCCUGGCUUUCGAGCUAGCCUCAAAGGGUCUUAACUUGGUCUUGGUGGGUCGAAAUCCAUCCAAACUCGAAGCCACUUCCAUGGAGAUCAUCUCAUCAUCAUCAUCCGUUGAAGUGAAAACCGUUGUCGUUGAUUUGGCCAAGUCUAGUGGGAAAGAAAUAGUUGAGAUUAUGGACAAGGAAAUAAAGGGCUUAGACGUUGGAAUCUUGGUCAAUAAUGCAGGAUUAGCUUACCCAUAUCCUAGAUUCUUUCUUGAGGUCGAUUUGGAGCUAAUGGAGAACAUUUUCAAGGUGAAUAUGGAGUCUGCUACAUGGAUGGUUCUCUCGGUUCUUCCUGGUAUGUUGAGAAAGAAGAAAGGUGCCAUUGUCAACAUUGGCUCUGCUUCCUCUACUAUUGUUCCUUCUUACCCUUUGUUCACCAUCUAUGCUGCUACAAAAGCAUACCUGGCCAUGUUGUCAAGAUGCAUCUAUGUAGAAUACAAGCAUAGCGGAAUUGACAUUCAGUGUCAGAUUCCAGUAUUUGUGGCCACAAAGAUGACAAAGCUAAAAUCAACAUCAAUACUCAUAGCAUCCCCUGAAACAUACAGCAAAGCAAGUGUAAGAAGCAUAGGGUAUGAGCAUCUCUGCACCCCAUACUGGUCUCACUCUUUGCAGUGGUUCAUAUCAAAUGCAUUGCCUGAUACCUUACUCAAUUGGGGCAUAUUUUCCUACUUUGUUGCCGUAAACAAGGUGGCAAAACUCAAAGAGACAAAACAAAAAAGCACAGCAGCACAAAACUCUUGUUGAGUCAAAUUAGAGGAUGAUAAAGAAAGUCUUACCUACUUUCAUGAGAAUUUACUUGCUCUUUUUAUUAUAUUUUGUUUUUAAAUUUUAGCUCUUUAAAGGAUUAGGUAAACCCAUUAUGGGGGACUCUUUAAACUCUUUGGUUUUUUUGGUGUCCCACUUUAUAAUAUAAUAAUAUAAUGUUGAGAUUAAAUAAAUGUGUCACAUAUUAUAACAUAAUAUAUAUGAGAGUUAUAUUUUUGGAUAAUAUGAAUAUUCAAAUGUGUAACAUAUUUGUGGUUACAAAAACAGUUACGAAUUUGUAA